AUGGGAAAUAACAAUGUCUGUUUAGCUGAAAUACCUGUCAAUCGAAUUCAUCACACUUAACCAAAAACAAAAACAAAAUGGAAUAGAGAAGAUUUAAAAUCUGGCUCGUGUAUAUAAACUUUGAUAGAUAAAGAAAACAACCCAGAUUUUUUCACUCUAUAUGAAUGUGGUUAAGCUCUGCCUUAAUAUCGUAACAAAUUAGCUUAAUCAAAAUGGUCAGAAGCUGUUAAUAAUAAUCUUAGUAUGAUUAAUGAUUCAUAACAAACUAUUGAUUCUUUAAUUGUUAAACCUGAAUUCAAGGAACUAGUCUUAUUAGGACCACCUAAAUAAUUAAGAUGGCUUAGUUGGUUGAAUUUGUUAACAAAAACUUAACCAAAUAUUCCAUAUGAAAAAUAUUUAGAAAAUCCACCAACAGACAUAUCUAAUAUUAUAAAAGAUAUUGAUCGUACUCUUGUUGAUUAUGCAUUAUUUAAACAUAAAAGUUGUGGAUAAGAAUAAUUAAAAAGAAUUCUAUGGGCAAUAUCAAAUGCUUUACCAUCAAUGGGUUAUUGUUAAGGCAUGAAUUUUAUUUGUGCUGUUCUUCUUAUUGUAUCUGGUUGUGAUGAACAUCAAGUAUUUUAAGCCUUUAUGUAAAUGCUUAUUAAUGAAUAACACCUUCUAUGUUUUGCUUUCACUAAUGAAAUGCCUCUUCAUUUUUAUUUGACUAAGUUGAUACAUUAUCAAAUUAAAAAGAAAUUUCCAAAACUUAACUUAAGUGAUAUAAGUGAUUCUUUUUGGCUUAGUAAAAUGAUUUUAUCUCUUUUCACAUAUGUAUUCAAAAUGGAAGAUUGUAUAAGAUGUUGGGAUUAUUUAAUUGUUAGAGGAAUGAUUCGUGGUAUUCCUGAACUAAUCUUAGCCUAUAUCGAUCUUAAUUAUAGUUAAUUAUCUAAAUUUUAAGAGGAAGACUUUGCUUUUAAUUUUAAAGGUCCGGAAACUACUACAAUUUAAUUUAAUGUUGGUGAACUCAUUUAUCUAGCAAAGUCUAAUCAUUCUUUAGAUAGAUCAACUAUCUCUAAUGUAGCUAAAAAAAUGAGAGAUAAAAAUAAUCCUUCUUAAUUAUUGGAUCUUUUAUAACAUUAUUCUAAUCAGCAAAUUUAUAAGAAGCAUGUUUCAUUUUAUAUUAAAACUAUUUUUGAAUUCUACUGA